AUGUAUAUGAGAUAUCACUAUGAACCUAAAUCUCAUAUGAAACAAUCUGAUUUAAAAUUGUACUCCCAUCAUUCACACACUCCAAGCCUACCUUUAUUAGUUAGUUAAUAACUAAGUCCGGUGAAAGAAAAAUCACCAUAAUUAAGUAAAAUGGGAGAACAGAUUUUAAAGUAAUGGGGAUUUUUCCCUGAUAUUGCACCUACAACGAGAAAAGAAAUAAAUACAGAACACUUUAAAUCAGAAAAAAAGUUUAAAGAUAAAUUUGAUGACCUUUUAUAUAAUCUCAAUACUGAAAGGCCAAAAUAUCUGAAUAAUCAUGAUUAUUACCAAAAUGAUUUUAAUCUUAAAAAGUCUGUACAUUUCAACAAUGUAGUUACAGUGAAGGACAUUGAAGGUCAAGUUUCAUAAAAAGAAAUAAAACUAUUUUCAAGAAAUAAGAGAAGAUAAAGAACUAAACUUGAAAAUUAGACUGUGAUUAGUUGA